GCAGACGGCAGGGAGAGGUGAGGGGAGUAGUAAUUGAGGGCAGAUACGUUGCCGCCCGCUGGCUCCACCCCCGAGCCUUAUAUGGACUUCCUGCUCCAACGAGGCAAGCCUGGGCCUAAUUAAGCCAUUAAGGGCAGAGGGAUAAAAGGGGAAGCGAAGUGAACAAACGGGGCAAAGUACCGUGAGGGAAACGCGUGUUGUGGAGAGUAAGAGAGAGCGAAAAUUAUCUGUGUGAUUACCUGUUGUGACCCGGACUGUUUGACUAACCCCGCUGUGUACCGAACUGUUUUGGCUGAGGACCUGGUUUUUGGAUAUCCCUGGAUUACGGAAAAGGACAACGAGAACGGAUUGUGGACUUUGGAUUGGUUGCUGAAUUUCCCCUUCCCCUCCUUGUGUAAAUUUUCCCUAAAUAAAUCCCCCUAUUUCACUCCAGUCGUGUUUCGUGUGAUUGUUUAGUUAUUGAAUUGGUGACGUGGAAACCCCACACCCGUGAGCCUGCCACAUAUGGUGGAGAAUGCGGGCACUACCCAAGCUCAAUAACUAAACAGACACGGAGCAUAAUGGAAGCCUUAGUGAAGCAACUAGUGGAGACCAACAUAGCGCAGCAGGCUAUGCAUCGGGAGUUGCUGGAGGAACAGCGUCAGCAGACCGCUCUCCUGCGAGCUGAACUCAGCCAGCUAACAGCCGCCCAUGCUGCCGUGGCUGCAGGCGCAGCAGUCUCCCAUCCUAAACCCAGUAUGUUUCUGCUGAAACUAACAGAAGCUGAUGACAUCGAGGCUUACCUCCAAGCCUUUGAGAGGACGGCGGCUAGGGAGAAAUGGCCCCAGGCGCAAUGGGCCAGCCUGCUAGCACCCUUCCUGUCAGGCGCGGCACAGAAGACCUAUCAGGAUCUGACGGCUGAACAGGCGACGCACUAUGAGGGGCUGAAAAAGGAGAUCCUGCGCCGGUAUGGUUACACACUGAUCGGCCGGGCGCAACGGUUCCAUGAUUGGACGUAUGAUGCCACAGCGUCCCCCCGAUCACAAAUGCAUGAUCUGAUUAGGCUGACCAAGAGCUGGCUAACGGCGGAACCACUGACGACCACGCCCCUCGAGAAAGUGGUCAUAGAUAAAUUUCUACGCUCUCUCCCAUUUGAAGCUAAGAAGUUGGCAAGCCAAGCUAACCCACAGAGCGCGGAUCAGCUGGUGGAACUGGUGGAAGGUCAACAGGUGGCUUUGGAGGUCCUGCGCAGCGGACGACCACUGAAGGCGGAACCCUCCACUCGCCCGAAAGAGCGGAAAAGGACGGAGGACCAGGCCUGGACCACGACCAGGGAUGGAGGGACCCCGAUGGUCAGCUCCCCGAGACGACGCCCCUUCCUGAACACAGACGGCAGGAAGUGCUACGGGUGUGGUGAGCCGGGACACAUCGCCUGGAGCUGUCCAAACCGUGAUGUCCAGAUGCCUUCGGCCUCAGCCAGUGAGGUAGCCACCGGGCGUCCCUGCGGGUUGCUGAUGACAUGCUGGGCGGAGGAAAGUAGUCCUACCCCUGUUACCCCGGUAAGGGCCAAUGGAAAGGACACCACAGCACUUUUGGACUCCGGGAGUAUGGUGACCCUGAUCCGCCCCGACUACGCCCAGUCCCCGAACCUGACUGACACCGUGGCCAUCACAUGUAUACACGGUGAAACUAAGAACUACCCUACCACACUCCUCCACCUACAGACCACAAAGGGACAACACACGGGACCAGCGGGAGUCGUCCCAAACCUACCGGUGCCGGUCCUUAUCGGGAGAGAUUCCCCGAUGUUCCGUCCACUGUGGGCCAGUAUGUCCGGAGACGUGGGGAGACGAGGGAACCAAAAGGGAGGAGGAAGCCGGAGAGGCGGGAGGGACACCAGAAGGGGUGAUAGCCAGAUGUGUGGAUUCCAGGAAGUGGACCCCCAGGCGUCAACAGAACCCCUCUCUGAGGACGACGCAGGUGAUGCAAGACUGGAGGAAGGUGAGGAGAGUCUGGACAGCAUAUUCCCAAUGGAUCACGAGGUGGCGCCAGAGCCCGCCUCUCUAAUGGGCCGGUUUGGGACGGCCCAGUUGGAGGAUUCCAACCUGGCCAGCGCUCUCCAGCAGGUGACAGUGGUGGAUGGAAAGCCUAUCGAGGGGGUAAGUCAGAUUACGUACCCUCAUUUUUCGAUAAAGAAGAAAUUGUUGUAUCAGGUGGUGAAGAAAAACGACGAAUGUUUGGAAUUGUUGUUGGUGCCCCGACCCUUCGUACAAACUGUCCUGCAGUUGGCGCACUCCCACCUUCUUGGGGCCCACCUAGGGGUGGAGAAGACCCUAGACCGGAUCAAGGCACGAUUUUACUGGCCUGGUGCGAAGAGGGCAGUGGAAGAUUACUGCCGCAGUUGCCCGGAGUGCCAACAGGUGGCUCCAAAACCACACUUUCGUAGCCCCUUAAUUCCCCUACCCAUCCUUUCAGUCCCUUUCAGCAGGAUCGCAAUGGACCUGAUAGGACCUCUACCCAAGAGCAGCCGAGGUCACCAAUACAUACUGGUGAUUUUGGAUUAUGCCACCAGGUACCCAGAAGCCAUCCCCCUGCGCACCAUGGCUACCAAGGGAAUCGCACGGGAGCUAGUCAUGCUGUUCUCCCGAGUCGGCAUCCCCGACGAGAUAUUAACCGACCAGGGAACCCCGUUCAUGUCGCGAAUCAUGAAGGAUCUCUGCAAGCUAAUGAAAAUAACCCAGUUGCGCACCUCAGUGUACCACCCGCAGACCGAUGGAUUGGUGGAAAGAUUCAAUCGAACCCUAAAACAGAUGCUAAAGAAGGUGAUGGAGGCGGACGGGAGGAAUUGGGACCAGCUACUACCCUACCUGAUGUUCUCGAUCCGAGAAGUGCCCCAAGCUUCAACAAGUUUCUCUCCCUUUGAACUCCUGUACGGGAGACGACCCCGAGGACUACUGGACGUGGCUAAAGAAGCCUGGGAACAGCAACCGUCGCCCCAUCGAACCAUGGUGGAACACGUGGAAGACAUGAGAGACCAAGCCUGUGGAGGUGCCACUGGGGGAGCAGCUGAGCCAAGCACAGAAGCAAGAGCUGAGGGAGUUGGUCGGCCAGAACCAGGAUGUGUUCUCCAGUGAACCGGGACACACCGAUCUGGUACAGCACCGCAUCAUCACUGAACCUGGGAAAAAGGUAAAAUUGAGACCCUACCGCAUACCAGAAGCGAGGAGAGACGCCAUAAGGGACGAGGUAAAGAUGAUGUUGGAAGCAGGA